GAAGCCUUUAUGCGCGUGUAUUCGGCGAAGCUGUUUCAGCCACGGAGCUGCAGAUUUACCUCCCGUUACCGAAACACACAGCCAGCGCCACGGACCUACCGUCGCCCAUGACAACUUUACGUUGACUUUUACUUUUACAUUCUUUCAUUUUUUUUUGGUUAUUUUAUAUUUAAUUUGAAACAUUUUUGUUUCCAUUUCAAACUACAUGUUCUUAGAUGACCCCACGGACCGCUGAUUUAUUUUCGUUGUGAGGAGUUCGGUCGGAUUCUACCGUGAGAUCUGAACGGAAUACCUCGCCAGCUUUUUUUUUCUCUCCUUCCUCUCUUGCGACGAAGGCUCGCUCGUGUGGAAUUGCUGGUCCUACCUGCUGCUCGUGAGCCUUCGGUGUGAGUUUGUGUGUUCGUACCCUACCUACGGAACCGAUCUGGGAUUAUUUAUUCUCCAUGUGUGCGCGCGCGGGGAACCAGCGGACAGCAGCGGCGGAGAAGGCGACGGGAAGGCUCGCCCGCUCGUGAGGGAGAAAUGCCCGGUCCAGGUCCCGUGCUCUUGCUUCCGUCGGCUCGCUGCUGAAGAGAAGAGAGUCUCGCGCUCUACUUUACCGAAUGAGAAACUACCGCGCGCGUCAGCCUCACCCGCCUCUCGCCGCUGCGUUGCUCUCGAGGGCUGAUUUGGGAUUUUUCUCGCCUACUACACCGGGACAUUCCGCAGAGUGCAGCUCGGUGCCCGGCCUUUACCGGGACUGCUCGAGGAGUGUUGUUGCCGUGAGCCCGUGGAUGCGCUACUUGUGAGCUCGCUCUUGUUGCCGUGGCCGCGUUCUGGCUGCUGCGGCUCAUCUCCUCGCGGCGACGGAAUCGGGAUUCGGAGUUUGGAUUUGGAUUUGGAUUGCCUCCGUUUCGGGGCGUUAGUGGCGGGCGGGGGUGAUCGUUCGGAGACGGCAGAAGCACGAGCCCCCGGUGAAUCAUGGGGGAGCCGCUGUGGAGGUGCUACUUUGGAGUUUUGUUUAUCGCCGUUAAGGUCAAUCUGGCCCGCGCCAUCGUGUUGGACUCCAUAUACUGGAACACAACAAAUAGCAACUACCUCCAAUGGAACGAUGGAAGGCAUCAACAACCAGGAGGGUGGAGUCUGUAAAACCAAGUCCAUGAAGAUCAUCAUGAAAGUGGGACAGAGUCCGACGGACCCCUCCGACCCAUCGCCCCCCAAAGAGCCCACAUACCCCAAACUCCCAGAGUCAGGGGGCAAGGACAAGUCCAAGAACGAGGUCCUCAAACCACACUCCGACAGCGAUUCGUCGGCGGGCGGCGGUUCGGGCGGAGACAAGCCGUCGAGCGUGAUCGGCUCGGAGGUGGCGCUGUUCGCGGGCAUCGCGUCGGGCAGCGUGAUCUUCAUCGUGGUCAUCGUCAUGCUGGUGCUGCUGCUGCUCAAGUACCGGCGCCGCCACCGCAAGCACUCUCCGCAGCACGGCGCCGCGCUGUCACUCAGCUCGUUGGCCACGCCCAAGCGCUCGGGGCACCACGGCAACCCCGGCGGCAUUGGCGGCGCCGGCGGCAACAACAACGGCUCGGAGCCCAGCGACAUCAUCAUCCCGCUGCGCACGGCCGACAGCGUGUUCUGCCCGCACUACGAGAAGGUGAGCGGCGACUACGGGCACCCCGUCUACAUCGUGCAGGAGAUGCCGCCUCAGAGUCCCGCCAACAUCUACUACAAGGUCUGAGGACCACACACACACACACACACGCCAGCGCGCGGAUACACACACACGGAAACACACACCAAUGUGCGCGCGUGCCACCUCUCUCUCCUCCACUGACUAUCCAACCCCCUCACACUCACACACACACUGCCUUCUAACACACACGCCCCUCAGUCCUGCCUAACACACACACACACACACACACACACACACACACAGGCAGGCGCGAGGAGGAGUGGCCAGGAGGACAUGGAUUUGAACUGAGAACCUUUUCCUCCGACCACACACACACACACACACACACACACACACACACACACACACACACGCCCUGUGUGUGCUAGUGAAAUACCUCUGCUCCUCUGGACUCUUCUGCAACAAUGCUCUCACACACACACACACACACACACACACACUCCCACCUGCUCUCCCUGGCCCGUGUUCCUUAUGUGCACUUUUGAGGGUCUUGAGUGUGUGUGUGUGUGUGUGUGUUUGUGUGUGAAAGAGAGAGAGAGAGAGAGAGAGAGAGAGAAUGAGAGAGAGAGAGAAAGAAAGAGAGAGAGAGAGAGAGGGAGGGAGAAGAGCUGUAAAAGAAAUGAGAGCUUGGCCCCUCCCCUCCCCUGCCAAAGGAGUGACGAGAGCAGAGCUUCAGCUGAUUGGUCAAAGACACAGGAAGUGGACUCAGCUGAUUGGUCAAAGACACAGGAAGUGGACUCAGCUGAUUGGUCAAAGACACAGAAAGUGGACUCAGCUGAUCGGUCAGAGACACAGGAAGUGGACUCAGCUGAUUGGACGUUGACAAGACACAGGAUGGGGACUUUCUGUCCAUUGCAAAGGAUUAUGGGAACUAUGUGACGGACUGAUUGAACAUGGGCCCCCAUAGUCAGCGCACGCCGUGCACUCUGGGUAAUUUCACCUCACCACCCAUCAUUCCAUGCAUCUGUUUACGUUUCCUGGGACUUCCUGUUUCGACAGCCGUGACUUGAAGGCAAUGUUUUGAUUUUCUUAUGUUGUCAUAGUAACUCACCUCUCAGUUCAGUCAUCCCCGUGUUUGUCGAUAGGUUGUCAUAGAAACCACGUUGAACUGUUGAUUUUUUUAUGCUCCAUGUGCACUGAGGUGGAUGCACACACACACACACACACACACACACACACACACACUCAGCCAGGAUGGAGGGGUGAGAGGAGUGAUGGAAACUGGCGAGUUGUCAGCGACGUUCUGAGUCACUGCUGUCCUGUUGCACCCUGGGAAUGUGGAGGACCCACAUUAACUCUACAGCAGCACUUUUACUAAACGCCCUCCACUUUUCCCACACACACACACACACACACACACGCCCUGCUAAACGCAGCUAUGUUGGUCAGAUAGGUGAAGAGAGGGCUGAACAGGUGAUCUCUGAUCCACCUUAAAGCACAGAGACUUCACUCUCACACACAAAUACACACACACACACACACACCCUCAUAAUGUCUUUUAUUCUAUUUUAUUUUAUUGGUUUGUAAUUAUUAUUAUUUUAUAUAAAAAAUACAUUUGUCUCCAUGUGGCUGCUUCAGUUGCUGUUGAUUUUAGACCUGGAGAGCUGGAUGGCCCUUUAUUUAUGAUGGACUCUGGAGCAGAGAACAGAACACACACACACACACACACACACACACACACACACACAUUGAGAGGGGUGGGGAGGGAGAUGCCCGUUAUGCCAGGAAUCCUAUUUAGCAAACACACACACACACACACUGCCCGCGGGAUGAGAGGAUGUGUACAAAUAACUGCCUGUCAGACGCCGCAAAGAGAGAACAAAGACAGCAUAUGCACUCUCUCUCUCUCUUACACACACACACACACACACACACACACUCUUUCUGCAUGGUAGCAGUACCCAGCCUAUUCCUCAGUCCUGUAGCAUUUCCCAGAGUUAGUGCGGGAAAACCUCCAGAUCCAGAUGCCCCCCAAUGACCUGACCCCAGCAACCUCUUGGUUUCCCGUGUGUGUGUGUGUGUGUGUGUGUGUGUGUGUGUGUGUUAUUUUUCUAUUUUUGCCCCAGUCCCACACACACAGAUUAUAAUUCACAACUUUAAGGAGACGACAGCAUUGGCUGUCCAUCGCCAUGAUCACCCAUCCAUCACCCAUGACCAUCAUCCUCAUUGGCUGACUGGCGGAAAUGGGCGUAUCAGACUGAAGACCACGCCCCUUGCGUGUGGCUCAAUGUUCCGUCUCGCUAGAGGCCACGGAAUCCACAAAUAUGCAAUUUUUAUUUAUUUUUAUAAUGACAAACAAACAAAUAAAAGACCUAAUGAAAACACACUAAUGGAAAUUGUUAUUAGCCACUGAGGAAAACAAACAAACUACAACACAACACUUACAAAUAAAUAAAUAUUACAAGAACAGCAACAUGGAACAACAGAUGCAGCACAACACACAGCACACAACACACACACACACACACACACACACACAGGCCAACUCAAUGGCCCAACAAGAAGUCACACACACACACACACUGGGUCAACUUGACAACCCAACAACCUCUACGACCCAACAAAAAGUCCCAGGCAGCAGAUGAAAGCAGGUCAUAGGCAGAACUCAGAACUGGGUCUGAACACACACACACACACACACACACACUGCUGAUUAUUAUUCUGUAUGAGAGUGUGUUUCCAGCCUGUGUGUUAUAGUCUUAGUUAAACUGUGAAAACAAUGACAGAUACAUAAACAAUAUGUCACACGCUUGUGAACGAAAACAUGGAAGCGUCCAUUCGCUCUGAGUCCAAACUGUCAUGCUCACACACAGACACACACACACACACACACACACACACUCACACUGUUCAGUCUGUAGUCCUACGGUGGACGCACUAUGACAAUCUUACUAGUUUCUUUGAAUCUGAAGUGCUUACCCCACGCCAGACGUUUACACAACGCACAGCUAACCUUAGCAUAGCAAUGCUACUGCACUUAGCGUAGCAUUGCUAAUUUUAGCGCUGUGCUACAAUGUUUGGUAUAGUGCUGCUAACCGCUAGCUGUAGCUCUGCUAGCUGUAUGUAGCUCUGCUAGCCUCAGCGUAGCGCAGCUAACCUUAGCGCUGUGGCUGUGCAGCAGAGGGGGGUGUGUGUAGGGUGACCAGACGUCCCUAGUUUCAGGAGACAGUCCCUGUUUUUGGUUGCCUGUCCCCGGGAAAAAUACAGAAAUACUACCCAAUGUUAUGUCCCCGAUUUUAAAGAUACAAUGUGUAUGUAUUUCAAUCAGAUUGAUAGCCAAACUGAAAAUGUCCCUUUUUUUUCUUUUUCACAUUUUGGGGAUCAUGUCCCCGGUGUGGGUUUGGGACGUCUGGUCACCUUGUGUGUGUGUGUGUGUGUGUGCGAUGGUGGCGUGCGGGAGAGCAGCUUCAGGCUACUGUAGAAUGCCUUUGCCGUCACCCUGCACUGCUGUGUGCACUCGUCUUCAGCACCCUACGUGCGCUCCCCUGGGUCCUAUGUUCCCCCACUUUCCCCCCAAAAGGGUCCUAUGUUCCCCGGUCGCAAUACAUACAUAUGUAUUUGGGAAAAAAAUAGGGUUUUAUGUUUUAUGUUCCCCGGUCCCAUACAAAGUAGGGAACAUAGGACCCAACGAACAUAGGAGCUGGGGAACAUAGGCGCCGACGAACGUAGGACCCGGGAACAUAGGUGUCGAGGAACGUAGGACCCGGGGAACAUAGGUGUCGAGGAACGUAGGAGGCGGGGAACGUAGGUGUGCUCCAUAGUGAGAGUGUAAAUAGGUCGUUUGUGUGGGGUGUCUGUGGAGCCCAGGUCCUUCUAAUAGCCUUAUCCACCUUUAUACGAAAUAACGGAAAAAAGAGAAAAAAAAAGAGAAACACUACGAUACGUGUGGGCAAGACAAGCGUUGCUACUUUUUACGGUGAACAGCUUGUGUAAAUACUGAGGUCAAACCCAAUAAAAAUGUUUUUUUUGUUUUGUUUUGUUUUUUUUAAUUAUUGAACUCUUAAAGUGAGAUGUUUUGUAUAAAAUUUGAAUUUUUUGCUAUGUAUUUUAGCUAGCGCUCAAUGGAACCCCCCCACCACUCCUCACCCCUCCCUAUUUUUGCACUGUUUCCAUGGAGAUUUGGAGCCCCUCCCCCCCGUUGGCUGGUUGGCUUGUUGAGAUGGAGUGGGCGUGGCCAAGUGACCGCUGUGUUUGUGUGCCAUAACUGACCUGUGGGUAUUUAUUUAACCUUUCAAUCCUGUCUGUUGCUUUCCUGAUUAGUUGACAGUCUGACUCGUGUGCAGGUUGUACACACACACACACACACACACACACACACACAGUAUUGUAAUGAUUCAGUUGGUCCUUUAUUUUCCCAUGGUCCACUCCCAGUCCGUCGCUAUGGUUUCCAGGUGGCAACCCUCCCAGCCCUGUAGGUAGAGGAGGCCAGGCCGUCUAAAGGUCAAAGGUCAAAGCUCAGAGGUCAGAGCCGAGAGGAGUUCACUGAGGAAUGGAUGACUUAAAAGAGAAGUGAAAAAACCACACAUUCCACCCCCCUACCCCCCUGUUACAAACUGAAAAUGUUUUUCAAUAAAAUGUUUUUCCUAUGGAAA